UAGUACACUCUAGCCUCAUCGCUGCCCGCCCGGAGGGAACAUUUUGGUGAUGGCAUUUCCAGCUGAAAAAGAAGUUGCCUUUAAGACACAUUUGCCAUGAAUGCAUCGGAAGCGGUGCCGGAAGUGGCUGCGUACCCAGCUGCAUGGAACACCACAGCCCCGCUGGAAAAACUGCCGCUGGACUCGAACUUCGCCUGGCUGCUGUGUGCCCUGCUCACAGCCACAGCAUGGGUCAUCUACAUCACAUUCUACAAUGCCCGCGUGUUGGGCUUUCUCUUGACUAAAAUCCUCAACCGCUUUGUGGGCAAGGCCUAUCUCAAGAUUGGGUCUGUGUCCCUGUCGGUACUCUCGGGGAAGCUGAUGUUCCGAGAUGUCGCAUAUGCCACCCCGGAUUACACUGUGCGAGCUCAGGAUGGCUGGCUGGUUUUUCGCUGGUGGAUUCCCUAUGUCAAAAAGGAAUUUCCUCGCACAUGCGCUGAUGCAGAGGCCCGUGUGUUUGUGCUCCUCAAUGGCCUGGAGCUUCACAUCUACAACCGGUCUGAGCUGUAUGCACGCCUGGAGCACCUGUUUGGCCUGGAACCCAGUGUGCUGCCGCCCAGUGAGCAGCCCAAGCCAGAGGAGCCUGGCAACGCAGAGCUACAAGGUCAUCCUUGGCGGGACCUUGUUCCGGUUGUCAAGCUGGAAGUAUCCACUGGCCGCUUGGUGUUUGGAAACCGUCUACUCCCCACAACGAUUUCAAUUCGUUUUGAGGAAGGACAUGCUAUAUAUAAGACAAGAGCUGCUGCAUCCAGGAUUGACUUGUUUCAGCACACACUUGAUUGCCGACUUGACAGUUUCAAGGUCAUGCUGGCCCCCAGCCCAAAGUACAUUGGUGUACCUGAUGAGCCACCACGUUUCAUGGGUGAAGGCUUCGUUGUGCUGCAGUCAAACAGAGUUCACCUGUUCUACUAUCAAGAUGAAGCAGGGUUUGUGCCAGCCGAACUGGAAGUGGUCCAGCUGGCCAACGGUGACCUGGUAGAGCGGCGCAGUGCUCCGACCUGGGGACUGGAUGCCAAGUGUGGCCGUGGCACCAGCUUCAGCUACGGUCCAUGGGCAGACCGUCAGCGGGACAAGCUGAUGCAGUUCUUCUUCCCACAGGACUACCAGCCUCUGAAGCCCACACCUCAGCCUCAAGUUGGCGAGAGGCGCCGGGCACAUUCAUUUGACCUGCGCCUUAGCACCACAGCUGAUGCAUCCUUGGAUCUACUCUUCUCCAAGGACAAGGAGACCAAUGCUGUACACAUGACUGUGAAGCAGGGCUCGUACUUGGAGCUCACCCUGCCCUGGCAAGUGACCGAGGAAGGCUACACCACUCGAGUGACUGGCCAGCUUUUUCACCUGGAAGCCUCCACCAGUCUGCCUUUCAGAAACCUGCUGGAGAGCGAGAUCCUGGGCUUUGAUGUUCAAGGCAAGUACCCCCUCAUCUGGAACGGCCACCAGGAUUGGCAAUGCAGCUUGGCUGGCUGCCGCAGCUCCCUCACCUUGCUGCACACACACAAGGGCUUCUUUCAAGCCCUAGUGGAAGAUUGGGCAAGUAAGGCUCGACCUGAUAUUCUUCGCUUUGUGCCCUAUACGUGGCACCUGAACAUCGUGCUUACUGAAUUUGAGCUCAUCACACUGGCCAAUGAGUACAACUGGGUGGACUGCGCUCAUCAGGAAAAUGCCCGAGUGGCAUUCUGUGGCGAUGUGUUUGACUUGUCCUUUGACCUUCCUUCGUGGAUUUCCUGCCCCCUCAGCUGGGACUCAAAUUUUGGAUUCAGGUUGUCCCACAACCUGAAGAAGGUUGGCGGCAAACACGGCGUGCCAGUCGUGCUCUCUGCCCCUCGAAAGCUGGGCAGCCUCUGCCAAGAAAAAGAAAGCAUGGAUGCCAAAGGAACGUGCCAAGCCAUAUCUGUAGCUCCGCCGGCUACUAGCGCCACCUACUGCUGCAAGUGGAAGUGGAGUGAGGAGAACAGGGCUGGGGCAGUGUGA